UUGCUCGUCAAUAUUAACGCGUGCUCUGUCUGUCCAGCUUCCAUCGAAGCCUGCCUGGGUCACCUGCUGAAGAGACGGGCGGCCGGAUUUCUCCGCAGUGACAAGAUAGCAGCCCUCUUCACCAAGAUCGGCAAAGUUUACGACACCGCCGGCGACAUUUGUCGUAAAGUGCAAGAGCAGCUCCAGCAGCAGUCUGACCUCACCAGGAGAACCCAGAGCGUGGGCCACGAGCCAUUAAGGAGACAGGGCUCCACCACCAGCCGCCCACCACAGCCUCUCUCAGCCCAAGCCAUCAAGCACAUCUGGGUCCGAACGGCUCUCUUUGAGAAGGUCCUGGACAAGAUAGUCGAGCACAUUGUGGACAACUCCAGUAAAUACUAUGAAAAAGAAGCUUUGAUGCAUGACCCUGUCUUUGGCCCCAUCUUAGCAGCCUUACUAGUGGGGCCCUGCGCUCUGGAGUACACCAAGUUGAAAACCUCAGAUCAUUUCUGGACAGACCCCUCAGCAAAUGAGCUGGUCCAACGCCAUCGUAUCCAUGGGGCCCACCGGGGCCAGGAGGUCUCAGCCGGCCGCCGGCCUGCCCUCGGGAUUCGCAAGAGGCAGUCCAGUGGCAGCAUGUCAGACGACAGAUUUGCGGCGUCAGCAAGGGAGUACGUGGAGUCUCUUCAUCAAAACUCCAGAACACACCUUCUCUAUGGAAAAAACAAUGUUUUGGUCCAGCCGAAGAAGGACAUGGAGGUGCUUCGGGGCUAUUUGUCCCUCCACCAGGCAGGGGAGAACCUAACGCUGAAGUGGACCCCUAAUCAGCUUAUUAACGGCACUCUGGGAGACUGUGACCUGGAGAAGAGUAUCUACUGGGACUAUGCCCUCACUGUUCCCCUGCGCCAAAUUGUCUGUCUGCACUGUCACCAGCGGCCUGAUUGUGGGGGGACCCUGGUUCUGGUGAGUCAGGAUGGGAUCCAGCGGCCGCCCCUGCAUUUCCCUCCGGGUGGCCACCUCCUGGCCUUCCUCUCCUGUCUGGAGACGGGACUGGUGCCUCGGGGUCAGCUGGAACCUCCUCUCUGGUCCCAGAAAGGCAAGGGUAAAGUGUUCCCUAAACUGAAGAAAAGGAGCAGCACUGCCAGACUCCUGGACCAGGACAGGAACGGCGAGGAGCAGACAGCAGCUGACUACGUCUUUCGCAUUGUAUACCCUGGAUACAAAUAUGAUGCCACAGUCACUAUAAACUACCACCACACCACGGGCAGCCGCGCUCCGUCGCUGGAUGAUGAUGAGGAAGAGGAAGAUAGGCUCCAUGCUAUGAUCUCAAUGAUCUGCUCGCGGAACCUCACAGACCCUAAUGUCAUGAAAGGUUUUUAUCACCUUAACACACCCACCAAUCCCCACUACCCCACCCUUGAAAUCUCACCCCGGCUUCAGACACUUCCCCCCCCACCCCCUCCUGCCUCCUCCCAAUCCAUCGUGUCCUCCCCCCUCCCCUUCCUGAACCUUCUGCCCCCAGCUUGGUUUGCCUGUGCGUGCUGCCUGGAGCUGAGCCCAACAGUGAGGAGAGGGGUGGGAAUGGACGGGAUAGCAGGGACAUGGGGAAACCACGGGGAAAUGAUGGAACUGCAAGGUUUUGGAGGCAGCCCGUCGUCGUGGCAACAGACUGAGGGAACCACUCACGAAUCCCUGUGCCAGUCCUGUUCCACUGCUGGUAGCAACAUGUCAUUCGACUACCCAGCCGGGUGCACCUGCAUACACCAGUCGUCAGACAUUCACACUGUUCCUCUAAAGAUGCUCUGCCAAAACAUGAAGAGGCAGAUUGUCUCCAGAGCUUUCUAUGGAUGGAUUGCACCAAAACUUCGCUUUCAUUCCAAUCCUCCAAAUCAGUCGCACAAGGCCUAUGAUGCUGUAAAACUAAAUCUACUCGUCCUGACGCUGCUUCUCAAGCCUCAGCUGUACUUGUGUCCUCGUCUCACCUGUCCGUCAGGGCUGGCAUACUGUCGCCACCUGUCCACAGUGCGGACCCACCUGUCAGCUCUGGUCAACCACAACAUUGUACCCCCCGACAGACCAUGUGAGGCCUCCGGAGGGCUCAGCAAAGAGGUGUGGAGCAAGUACCAGAAAGACUGCAAGAAUUAUAAGGAGCUGGAGCUGCUCAGACUGGUUUAUUAUGGAGGAGUGCAGCAUGAAAUCAGAAAGGAGGUCUGGCCUUUUCUCUUGGGCCACUACAAGUUCGGCAUGGGCAAAAAGGACAUGGGCCAGAUCGACGCAAAGAUCAACGAGCGCUACCAGCAAGUGAUGCGGGAAUGGAAGGCCUGUGAAGUCAUCGUCAAGCAGAGGGAGAAAGAGAUGCAGUCGGCCAUCAUCGCCAAGCUCUCCUCAGGCAGCAGCAUAGACAGCCACGUCCUGCGUCUCGCCCACAGAGACUCCACUCUCAGCAACGAGGUGUUCAUGUCCGUGGAUGAGCCCGAUGCAGGAAGUCAGGAGACACCCAGUGGAGAAGAUACCACUCCCACCAUGACCACACUGGUCCCCCCUGCCGCCCUCCCCCCAGAGGAGCGUCCUCUGGUAGAGUUUGAUUCCCCAGACUCUGGUCUCCCAUCUUCCAGAAACUACUCGGUGACCUCUGCUCACUCUCAGAUCUUGUCCAGCAUAGACGACGGUCAGAGCACAGAGGAAGAAGGAGGGGGUAGGGAGGAGGGAAGGACUCCAGGGGGUGGGCAUCAGGACUCUCUUACUGAGGACAGGCUGUGCAGUCAGCUGGACAAACUGGUGACCAAUGGAGCUGCUGCUGAGGGGAUAUCAGCCUCACUCUCCUCCUAUACAAUUGAGCUGCUAGACACAGUUGCCCUCAACCUCCACAGAAUAGACAAAGACGUCCAGCGCUGUGAUCGCAACUAUUACUACUUCACCACGGGAAACCUGGAGAAACUACGCAACAUCAUGUGCAGCUAUGUGUGGGAGCAUUUAGAGAUGGGCUACGUCCAAGGCAUGUGCGACCUGCUGGCACCACUUAUGGUCAUCCUGGACGAUGAGUGCUUGGCGUACAGCUGUUUCACUCAGCUAAUGAGGAGGAUGAGUCAGAACUUCCCUAACGGCGGAGCCAUGGACACGCACUUUGCCAACAUGAGGUCACUGAUCCAGAUCCUGGACUCAGAGCUUUUUGAGCUGAUGCAACAGAAUGGAGACUACACUCACUUUUACUUCUGCUACCGCUGGUUCCUGUUGGACUUCAAAAGGGAGCUCCUGUAUGAAGACGUGUUCGCUGUGUGGGAGGUGAUCUGGGUCGCUCCCAGAAUUUCCUCUCAGCACUUCGUUCUUUUUCUGGCUCUGGCGCUGGUCACAGUUUACCGAGAGAUCAUCAUGGACAACAACAUGGACUUCACAGACAUCAUUAAAUUUUUUAAUGAGAUGGCUGAACGUCACGACGUCCAACAUAUCUUGAGGAUCGCGCGCGAGCUGGUGCACAGAGUCCAGUCUCUGAUGGACAACAAGUGACUGUAGAGGAGCAGGAGGAGGAGGGAGGGGGGGGAGGAGGAAGAACUUGAGUUUGUCUCUGACCCCCGUGUGCUCACCUUCUCCUCUCACCCCUCAGACAGUUUCCUGCCCCCCUAAGCCCCCCACCCACAUAUCCAGAGCAGGUCACAAGCAGGUCCAGGUCUAGGCCUUACCCGGGUGAAGAAGCUCGGAAGUGGGGCGGGGAACGUCGGUGACCGUGCGUGGUUCCGGAGCUCUGUUUACAUGUACCUUCACACGGAAUGCCCAUGGUGUCUGUCCAGACAUGUGGAUUUGUCUGCAUGCUAGUGAGUUUUUUUAAAUCACACUGUGAAUGCAUUCGGCGGUCUCCCCAGUCCCACUGUGUGCGUGCAUGAGAAAAAAACACACACGGACCUUUUGCGGCUCUACCAAUCGCUCCACUCGAGUUUUUUCAGAGUCUCAAAAAACCCUGACCAUGUUGGAAAGCUAAAGCACUGUCAAGAGUGUUUGCCCAACUCUGGUGCAGCGCCACCGGAGGCCACCAGAGGGCGCCAGAGGGCAGGAUCCACACAGGAAACCGUCAGAGGAGCAGAAGACUUUGCCACGAAGUUUUCAUAAGUGACCAAAUGGACUGUGCCAACUACCUUUUUUUCUUGAGUGUUUUAUACUACAAAGCAUGUGUGUUUUUACCUCCCCGUCCCCGUUUUUCUACUUUUUCUUUGGUCUCGACGUUCAUCUUAACACAAUUGCUGCCUUUUUAUUAGAAAACAACCCAAGGUACUUAGAUGCACUUUUACGUGAGAGUUGCUGCCACGGUGCCCGUGAAGGUGUCCGCCACAUUUGGUUUGUGGGGGGGGAGUGGGGAGGUGGGGGCUGGAGGCACCACAACAGGCCAAUCCUACAGAGAAGCUCGGGGGGGGGGGGGGGGGGGGG